AUGUCAAGCGACGAAACGGUCUUAACAGGCUAUUCGCUAAUUGAAAAAGAGUCAGUCAAUUUUAGAUGGGUAAUAAGCGAUUACAUAUUGAUUUUGGAAAAAGGAGACGGUAAAAUAAGAUCGCCACUAUUUAGUGUCAAUAGUGACGAUAAAAUAGAGUUUCAAUUGGAACUCAAGAAAAGCUUUGUUGAUGAACUUGACAAGUACCGCAAGUUCAUAAGGACAUUGACUAGGCGUUUAUCUCUUAUGCACGUCGUUAAAAAUAAUAAAAUAACACCAUGCGAGUACAAGAUAUCAGUUAUUCGAGAUGGAAAAUCUCCGGAAACCCACGCGGAUCAUUGUACAUUUUCUACGUCUAAAAGCGAAAAUGUGAUUUUUAACCUUGCCGCAGACAAACUGCAUAGAUUCGUAUUGCCUACGGGUGCGUUGACUAUUCUCUGCGAAUUGGAAGUUGUCACGGGGGAUCAGAAAAACUCCUUGAAGUACGAAUCCACCGUUGCGAAUCAUGCGGUAGCAUCUAAAUAUAAUUUCGACUGGAUAUUUCUCAAUGAAAAUUUGAGCGACGUCAAGCUACGAGUUGCGUGCGGAAAAGAAAUUCCAGCCCAUAAAGUCGUGCUCGCUAACGCGAGUCCAGUGUUCAAGGCCAUGUUCAGCCUCGACAUGUUGGAAAACAAAAGCAACUCGGUCGAUAUGGUUGACAUUAGUCACGAAGCUGCGGUUGAGAUGCUGCGAUACGUCUACACGGGUAGAGUGGAAAAUGAGGAAAUUUCCUUGACCAUCGACCUUCUGGCAGCCGCUGACAAAUAUCAACUUCAAGAGUUGAAAGAUAAAUGUGAAAAAAUAUUGUCCACCAAUUUAUCGUCCGGAAAUGCCAUUGAAGUUCUCACGAUUGCCGAUAAAUACGAUAUGAGUGGUUUGAAAAAAGAUGCGAUACAUUUAGUUAAACGCUGCAUAAAUAAACCCGCCGUUUCCGAUGAUGCGAGUACGAUAAUUCUCGGUAUGGCAGAAUUUCUCUCGAAAUGA